AUGUAUCCGAAACUAAUUACCAGCACUUUGCUGGCUGCUUGCGCGACAACCGUUACCGCCUGGGGUGCCGCUGGCCAUGAAAUUGCGGCGACCAUUGCGCAAAUUCACCUCCACCCUAGCGUGCUCCCAACCAUGUGCGAAAUUCUCAACUUCACGUCGCAGAAUCCAAACGAACCCCAAUGCCAUCUCGCGCCAGUCGCCACUUGGGCGGAUAAACUACGAUAUAAGAUGCGUUGGUCAGCCGCACUACACUACGUGGGAGCGGUUGGCGAUCACCCAUCGCAGCACUGUUUGUUUCCCGGAGCCAAGGGCUGGGAGGGCAAACGUGGGGUGAACGUGCUUGGCGGCAUCAGGAAUGUUACCGGCAUUCUGCAAGACGUUGUGGCUCUCAGGGGAGCGAAACGCAAUUUGUCCACCAGACAAAUUGACGCCGCGAAUGAGGCGCUCAAGUUUCUCAUCCAUUUUAUGGGCGAUAUGCAUAUGCCGCUGCAUCUCACUGGUCGCGACCGUGGCGGUAACUCGGACAAGGUGCUUUUCGGUGGCCGACAGACCAACCUCCAUUCACUUUGGGACGGACUCCUCAUUGCGAAAGCUAUUCGCUCUGUCCCACGCAAGUAUUCCCGCCCAUUGCCCUCCAAGAAGAUUGAAUGGGCACUUCGCGACACUAUCUACGACUCCUACGUUCGCAUGAUCAUGGUGGAGGGCGUGCUUGGCAAAUGGCAAAGCGAAGUCGCGGAAUGGCUUACUUGUCCGGCUCCCGCUGCUACAAGACGGCCUAGCAGCUCAUCAGCCUCACUCGUUCUUCCCGCUCCAUUCGGGCCAUUACUUGAGCAAGUAAUUGUCUUCUGCCGCCGCUACGUCUUUGGUCUCGUCACCCGCUCCCCUAGGUCUGAGACUGACGAUGACCUUAUUUGCCCGUAUGCAUGGGCUCAACCUAUUCACUCGCUCAACUGCGAGAUAGUUUGGCCUCCUGCGUUGGACGAACCACCAUAUAGCGAGUCACGCUUAGACGGAGCACUUGAGCGACGAGAUGACCAUUCUUCGAAAGUUCUUGAUGCCCUCGAGAAACUAGAGAAAGAGGCUGCGCCAAUUGGCGGACCAUACCUCGAACUUGAUACCCCCGAGUACAGCGGCGUUAUCGCUGAUCAGUGGAUUGUUGAGAAACUACUCGCACAAGCGGGGAUUCGUUUGGCAGGAAUUCUCAACUAUCUAUUCGCCGACAUGGGAGAGGAUGGGCGAGAAGUCCACGGUGGGCUGACACUGAACCUUUGA